UCACUGCCCUCUCUCCCAGGUGCACCUCCAGCCUUGAGACAUGUACUGCUCUGACGAGUGCCGGCCAUGCCACCCUUGCUGCCAGCCCUGCUGCCCGACCCCGCUGGCCAACAGCUGCAAUGAGCCCUGUGUCAGGCAGUGCCAGAACUCAACCGUUGUCAUUGAGCCCCCUCCCGUGGUGGUGACCCUGCCCGGACCCAUCCUCAGCUCCUUCCCACAGAACACUGUGGUAGGAUCCUCCACCUCUGCUGCUGUUGGCAGCAUCCUCAGCUGUGAUGGAGUGCCCAUCAACUCUGGCUGCUGUGACCUCUCCUGUAUUUACAACCACUACUGUGGCAGCAGAUGCCCCCCCUGCUAA